AUGGGGUUUACAGGCAAAUUGUUUGGCUCCGCCGAUGAGCCGACUUUGGAUGAGGUCCAUCAACAACAAGAACGUCGUCCCUCUGCUGUCGAAGCCAUUGAAGCAGACACUCGACGCAAGAGUAUCAGUGACAGACAGAUCACUGGCGCCUCGCAAAUCACAACACGCCAGUCCAUUGUCCCAGUAGCAUUGGUCACUUUACUCUUCUUCCUUUGGGGAUUCGCCUAUGGACUUCUCGACGUUCUAAACUCGAGGUUUCAAGUGGCUCUUCACAUCACCCAGGGACAAUCUUCUGGACUCCAAGCCGCCUACUUUGGAGCAUACUUCGUUGGUCCAUUGACGUACUCUGGUUGGUUCUUGCGCAAGUUCGGCUACCGAUACACAUUCAUGCUCGGUCUGGCCAUCUACUGCGUCGGUGCCCUUAUGUUCUGGCCGUCCGCCGUCAAGCGCUCCUUUGGUGGAUUCUGCGGUUCCAUGUUCAUCGUUGGCUCCGGUCUAUCUACCCUCGAGACAUCUGCGAACCCAUACAUCGCCGUGUGCGGUCCGCCAAAGUACUCCGAGUUCCGUCUCGAGCUCUCUCAGUCCUUCCAGGCUGUCGGCUCUGUCGUUGCUCCCGUGCUUGCCAGCUUCGUCAUCUUCAAGAACGUUGGCGCGAACGGUGAAUCGCUCGAGUCUGUGCAAUGGGUCUACCUCGGAAUCGCCAUCUUUGUCGGCCUUUUGGCGAUUGUCUUCUACUUCGCGCCUAUCCCUGAAAUCACGGAUGCAGAUAUGGCUGAUCAGGCUGAGUUGACGACUGGUGCCACUGGCUACAAGGACAAGCCGUUGAGGAAGCACUAUACCCUCUACUGGGGAGUCGCCGCUCAGUUCUCUUACGUCGGUGCUCAGGUUGGGAUUGCCGGAUACUUCAUCAACUACUACACCCAGGCACGACCCGACGAGCCUACUCUCGUAGCUCAGCAUCAGGGAGCCAACUUCUACGCCAUCGCACAGGCACUGUUUGCAGUUGGUCGAUUUUCCGCUGCAGGCCUCAUGAUGAUCAUGAAGCCCCGUAAAGUCCUCCUCAUCUACCAAACUCUCAUCAUGGUCUUCAUUGCCCUCGCUAUCGGCAUCGACACUGGCCACGGCAAGAACGCCAACUGGGGCGGUCUCUCCAUGCUCAUGAUCGUCCUCUUCUUCGAGUCCUGCAUCUUCCCCACCAUCUUCACUCUCUCCCUGCGCGGUCUUGGCCGCCACACCAAGCGCGGCGCAUCUUUCCUCGUUGCGUCCGUCUGCGGUGGUGCCGUCGUACCCGCCAUCCUCGGAAACGUCGCCGACAAGAUUGGCACGAGGAAGGCGAUGGUCGUCCCGCUUGCGUUCUUCCUCAUCGCGUGGAGCUUCCCCAUCUAUCUUAACUUAUGCAAGGCUAAGGAGUUGGAUGCGUAUAGCGAGAGUAAGGUUGGAACUUCUGAGGCUGUGGUUGAGGAUGCGGGCAGGACUGACAGCGUGAGCAAGAAUAAGGAUGUUGAGGCUGCUUUUGUUGAGGUCAAGGGUUUUUAG